GACUUCUUAAGAAAAGAUAAAAUUUUUGUUCAAUAGCAGAAAUUAUCGAAAAUUUAUCUCCUUGCAACGAAUCACUGUAUAGACUACCCGCAAAAAAGGCUGAGCCUGCUCUUCGUUUUUCACCCCUGAACAAGAGGAAAAUUUACUUUGCAUUCAGCAUAUGAAGCCGAGUUCCUUGGCCGAGUUGAAUGAUCGCUAAAGUAUAAGAGUUAUUAGUACAGCAAUUAUGAGAAAACUAUUGGCGCAAUUGCUUGGAAAUAAUUUUACGAAGUGGCAGAGACUGAAAAUAGCUACUGGUGUGGUCAGCGAUGAAGAUCUUCUAAUAAAUUUGAUUGAUUUUUAUGCUGAAUCAAAAGGCAUCAGACUGACGGAGCCCGCAUUUCCACCUCUGGCGCCUGUCAAUACACAGCUUGUGAAUGUGCAACUGCGACCGAAGAAGAAGGAUGACACCAGCUCCUACAUUGUCAUCCACCAGGAGGAGAUACAAACAGAGGGUGAAAACCAGAUGGACAACAUCUAUGUUGUGGAGGAAUCAGCCGAACAGCAGACCAGCGGUCAAACAUGCUAUCCCAUGAUGAUGCUGCGUGAAGACGAAGAGGAGGCAGAAGAGGAUGACGGCGAGAAGUACGACCCGACUGCUGAUGACUAUAAACCCGAGUUCUUUGACAGGCCUGUGGACGAGUCCAAGGGAGUGUUUUUCCGUGAACCAGUUCGUCCCAGGAUGAGAUUCCGAUGCCCCUUCUCUGCGGACGGAGACUCGCGUGUUGUAGACGGUAUGCUGUGGAGGGAGGCCGUGCUUCGCCUACAGACGAUGCCGCUCGAAGGUGUCCGCCUGGUCAACUUCUGUGAUCGGCCCGAGUCGAUCGCGCCGGCCCCUCUGCCGUGGGACGAGGUGUCCCCGAUACCCGACGUACCCUCCGAGGCGCCCCUGCUGAAGGAAUGCGGCUGCGCCCUCUGUGAUAAGAUAGGAUUCAGCAGCAGGACGGAGGUGGCCGCCCACUUCUGGCUGGAGCACCCAGACACCCGUCAGCGCUCUCCUACCGCAUGCAUCACCACCAAGCGCGAGCCAGACUUCGCACACUGCUCACUCUGCCAAAGCGUGGGCUCCGUGAACGAAAACGCCAAACGUAACAAACUGACGCUGCACGUGGCACGUGCGCACGCCACGUGCCGGGAAGGUUCGGAGCGGGCGCCGCACGUGUGCGACGUGUGUGGCGCGGAGCUGCCGUCGGUGCUGGAGCUGGAGUGUCACGUGACAGAGAAACACCCCGGCUCGAUAAUGCCCAGCUUUGAGUGUCCGGUGUGUGAACUUGAUGUGCGGGGACAGCAGGUGUAUAUCAGACACCUGAUGAUACACUACACGGAGUACGUGUACGCGUGCAACGUCUGUCCUAACUUCAGGACCCGCGACGCGCAGUCGAUGGCGGAACACACCGAGCGCCACGACCGGCGCACGUUCCGAUGUGGCCAGUGCGAGCUGCGCACCAGCACCUUCCGCACACUCGUGGAUCACGUCAGGGGCCACCUGAAGCUGCCCAGCCACGUGUGUUCGAUCUGUGGCUACAAGGCGUACACGAGCAGCCGGUACCAUAACCACAUGGACAGUCAUGGAGGGAGGCGGCACCGGUGUGAACUGUGCGGCUUGGAGUUCAAAAGUUUGCUCAAGAAGUCCCAGCACAAGAUCGUGGUACACCGUCGCCCGGCCAAGUUCACCUGCGAGCGCUGUGACGUCACCUUCAAGAGCAGCAGCCGGCUGCGGCGCCAUCAGGCCAGUCAUACCGGCUACAAACCGUUCAAAUGUGUCAUGUGCGGCAAGGGACUGAGCAGCAAACAGUCGCUGAGGAACCACUCGAAAAUCUGUCCCGAGGGAGAGGUGUAUCCCGCGGUGGCGGGGGGUGUGGUGCAGUGGGGAGACAUGCUGGUGUAACGGGGAGGGGAGGGCUUUCAAGGGGGGGGGGCAGACGUGUGAUGUAGGGAAGUGUGCUGAUAAUGGCAUCCCCCACAAAAGAGCGAGCGGUUGUUGGAACGUGUCCCCAACCAGUGUGUAGCUCUGCCGAUCGUCUUGAGGCAUGGAUGCUUGUGCGCCCCCGUCCACUCCUGAUCAGUUACCUGACGCGUCAACCAAUUGGUGUUCGUGUACCACGUGUGUGGAAUAUUAAGUGCAUGUACCGGCGUACCGAUACGGCGGCACGGUUAAGUACCGGCGGCACAAACAUUUACGGCGGCAGCCGCCGUCAGGGCAUUGUCGUUCCGCGAUACGUGUUCAUCUGGGUCAUCAUGAUCAAACAGUUUACAUGAGCCAGUCAUUGUGUUUUGUUCUCAAAAGCAUGUAGGAAAUGAAUACAUCGUUCAUUGUCAUC